AUGGGGUCAGCUGCACCAGAGGAGUUCGUCAAGACUUUGCAGCCCAGAGGGGGUCAAGACUGCAACACCGGAGUGAGAGGGUCCAUAUCUACACCCGGUGGAGGUCAUGUCUGCACUCGCGGUGAGGGUGUUCAAGACUGCACCGGUGGGGUUAAGACUGCACCCAUUGGGGGUCAAAGACAUGCACCCAGUGGGGCCAAGAGCCUGCACCCGGUAGUGAGUAAACAAGACAGCAACCCGGUGGGAGGGUCAAUGACUGUCACCUCCGUGGAGGAGGAGUCCAUUUAUAGGUAUGUAGAAGCCAAGGCAGACAGAGUCACGGUGGUGUUUAGUACAAUCUUUAAAGAUCCUGAUGAUGUAAUUAUCGGGAAAGUCUUUAUGCAAGAAUUCAAGGAAGGAAAACGAGGAAGUCAAACAGCGCCCCAUGUAUUAUUCUCUCACAAGGAGCCUCCAUUAGAGCUUCAAGACACUGAAGCCAGACAAGGAGAAAAUAUUGGAUAUGUUACAUUUGUGUUAUUUCCUCGACACACCUGUAAAGCUGCGAGAGACAACACCAUAAACCUGAUUCACAUAUUUCGUGAUUACUUGCACUAUCACAUCAAAUGCUCCAAGGCCUACAUCCAUUCUCGUAUGCGAGCCAAGACUAGUGACUUUCUCAAGGUUCUCAACAGAGCGCGCCCUGAACCAAAUAAAUCUUCAUCAGAUAAGAAGACUGCAUCGUAAGUGCUAUUUCUAAACUG